AUGCCCCAGAAACGGCGAGCCCCUAGAUUACAAACAUUAGAUGACCGAACUGCCUUGAGAAACACAGAUCUGGGUAAUAUGAACAGCGACUAUGUGCAGAACAUGGCUAUAGCUUCGAAGCAGAAACGGCAGAAUAAGCUUCCAACGCAAGCAAAAAAGAAUGCCAUCUACUGGGUUUUCGGCCAAGGAAUUGGUUCAGUUGGGAUUGGCUUGGGUGCAUCCCAAGUACCACAUCCUUUGCAGCAGUUCUCGGGAGAAGAACUCUAUGCUGCCCUAAACCCAACUGUAAGACAUAAAGGGCGCAAGCGGAGUCGUCUUCCUAGUGAUGAGAGUGAAGACUCUGAUGUGCGCCGUGUCCGUGCCAGAGAAGAAUAUGAAGAACAAGUCGGUCGAGGUGGGGUAGUGGAUGGACAUGACAUUUGGCAAGAUGUUGAAAUUGGUCGCCAUGCGCCGUCCGUCUUUCGCGAUGACAACUCAUUCUCAUCUCAGAUGCCAUGGAAUAUCACAGCAUCUGUUCAGAGCUCUCAGCACGGGUCAUCUGCUGCAAGUGGCCUCCGGGGAGUAGCAAAUGUGAGCGAUCCUUCGGCUUCACGAGGCAGGGACACCACUGCAUCUCACCUGGUGGGACGCGGACGGUCACGCAACCGUCUAACUAGCGCAAGUCCCCUUGCCGGCAGAGGUUUCCCCUUCGACGCAGAGGCCUUCGACCGCUUGGUGCUACCCGGAGAUGAUGACAUGGACGUCAUGAGUGACUUUGACCUAAGUCAAUAUCUACAGACUGAACCAUUCAGCGCUGGCCAUGGACACACUGGAGAUGACGCUAACGCAAUCACGUACCGUGGUCGGGUGACCCUUCAAGAUCGCCUAUCAAAGUGCAGCCUGGACCAAGAAAGCCUGAACUUCCUCGGGUUUCUAACAAGGAAGCUCGAGGCCAUGCUCGUGGAACAUGUUGGAGCAACGGAUGAAGACGGUUUCAUCAACUCACCAGCCACUUUUUAUGGCAGCAAAGUAAUUGGUUUUUCAGCACUUUUGCCACCGUCAGAAACCUCCCCUUCUGUAGCCACUCAGGGUUUGAUGCAUAUACUUACACUUGCAACUAAAGGUUUCUUAUCGGUCCGCCAGGAGGAUUAUGAAGACCGGAGCACUCGGUAUCAUGUUCGAUAUGAGUUUGGAGAGAUCUUUCUACAGCUGUCAGAGAUGUAA